AUGCGCUUCUCGCUGCUGCCUGCCCUCUUCACCGGCGCCGCGCUGGCUGCCGGGGAUUCCGACGAGCCAUCUGCGGAGCCCAGCACAGGCCUCGGCUCAGGCGUAGGCGCUGGGAAGAAGAGGCCGCCGCGGCCCUGGUAUCAGGUUUAUGAGAGCAACGUCAAGACAGUCAUCUUCUACUCACUGAGUGCCGUUGUCGUUGUCGGCUACCUGGGCGACAAGUAUUACGAGCACCUGCGGCGCCAGCGGAAGCGUUCCCGCGAGAAAGCGAGGCCGAGGCCAACCCAGGAGAGGUCACAGAAUCAAGGCCAGCAAGAG